AUGGACAAAAAGUGGUGUGUGUGUGCAUCAACGGUGAGACGGCGAGCCGCCGGCUUUGGUUGGCUAGCAUUCAGGAUGAUUGCAUUCUCGGCCUGGUUCACACUACACUUGGGGACGAGCAGCGUAGUGUUGCACAUGGCGGGGAAAACAGAGCAUGAAGUGCGGAGAGCUGGCGCGACGAAGAACUCUCCAACUCGCUCCACACAAGUCCGCAGGAAGCGAACUCGCAAAGAGUACUCGUCAUCCCAGACUCCGCCCCUCCCCACACAAGCCCGCGAAACUCAAGCCCGCGAAAACAACAGGUCUCAUCCAGGUCCGCUCGCUGAGGCCGCCACUGCUCAGCUCACGCCCACCAGGGAGGAGCCAAGAGAGCGGGUUGAGCAAACACCACUCUCCGCUCAGAGAGCGCGGCCCUCUGUAGAGACAAGGCAAGCCGUAAAUGAACUUUGCACUCGUAGCUGUGAGGGGCUGAGUGAAGCACAGGGUAGCCAGGUGCGGAGGCUACUAGCAGCGUACACCGACAUCUUCGCCGCAAGAGAUGAGGACUGCACCCGAACGAGCCUGGUCCAACACGAUAUCGACACCGGAAAUGCCCGGCCCAUUCGACUUCAGCCUCAUCGCUUACCGUUCGCCAAACGACAAGCAGCUGAAGAAAAGAUCAAGGAAAUGGCCGUGGCAGGAGUGAUAGAGCCAAGCAGUAGUCCCUGGGCUGCGCCGGCUGUACUCGUAAGAAGGACGGCUCGUGGCGGUUCUGUGUUGACUACAGGCGCCUCAACCAGGUAACCCGGAAAGACUCCUACCCGCUCCCCCGCAUUGACGAUGCGCUGGACAGCAUUGCCGGCUCCUGCUGGUUUAGCUCGCUGGACUUACGCAGUGGCUACUGGCAGAUUGAGCUAGCCCCGGAAGCUCGGCCGAAGACAGCGUUUACCAUCGGGCAAGGGCUGUGGCAGUUCCAGGUACUUCCGUUCAGCCUAUGCAACGGGCCAGCGAACCUUCGCUUUGGUACUGGCUUGGUGAAGACCAUGGAGUUGAUGGGUCCGGGCGUCACACCCUAUCACACAAAAACAAUUACUGAGAGUGGGAUCACUUCAAAUCAAAGCUCUGAAUAGUGUGCAGUUUGAUAAAGCAGGGCCACUAUGUGGCUGCAUAAAGCAGUACCUGCCACACAGGAACAUUUGUUCUGUGUCAUUGUCAAGUGUUUUCUCUUCUUGGCUGUGCUUAACCCUCACUUGAUAGGGCGGUACCAAUGCUGAACAUUUAAACUGGGUUUCACUCA